CGACAGGCGAGACUUUCCCCGACAAGAAAAGGUUUCCCCGACAACGGCGGUGCCCGUGCACGGCGUGGGAGCACGGGCGAAGCUUCACACUUGCGCCUUGCUGCUCCGCGGCCGCGCUAUCAGUCCUCCGUCUGAAGUGAGCAGAUGACACCCGAAGGUCCCCUGCUCACCAUGCAUCUGCACCUCGACCGUCCGCCUGCCUGGACUGGCCUUGCUGCUGUGCUGAACUUCAAAGGGUAUAAAGGAGAGCGUCGUUGUAGUCGGUGCCUUCUUACACUACACACAACACGCACACACACGCUACGAGCAAGAUGAGCAAGACGCCCAUCCAUCUCGCUGGCCUUUCCGAGCGCGAGGCCAUCACAGACGCACUCAACCGCACUCUCCUCGCCUACGACCUCAAUGAUGUCGCCCUCCUCGAGUCGGCGCUGACAAGAGACAUCGUCUUUGAGAUCAAUGGACAGGUCACCGAAGGUAUCGAAGCAAUCAAGACGGGCAACUUUGCCUUUGUCGGACCCAUGAACACCGGCCACGUCCUCGGAAACGUGCGCAUUGACCACCAGGAGGGAGCCAAGACGGCAUCUGUCGGUGCCUGCGCCCUCGCGAACCACUUUCGUCCCGGUACUGGCCUUGACAAAGACGCGCCCUACUUUAUGGCCUUUUCCCUCUACGACGCCGACGCAGUCAAGCAGUCGGAUGGCCUGUGGAAGAUCAAGAGGUGGAAGCUGAGCAUUCUCUGGAGCACCGGCGACCCUUCUGUGCUGGGGCUGUAGAAGAGGCGCAGCGUCGGCUGAGCUUCUCCCUCAGACGCCUUUCAGUGCAUGUAAGCCGUGUCUAGCAGUAGACUGAGCAGUUUUGCCGCACAUUGUCUAGUAAACCACAUCUCUGCAAAAAGGUUCUCCGCCGCUUCGUUCAAUGUAGAGGCUUCAUCCAUG